UCCGCGUUGCCAACCAACGUUGCUGACGCUGUCGCCAUCAUCGUCCGCAUCGCCGUCGUCACCGCUGUCACCACAACUAUGCGCCAUGUCAAAACUGCGGCAUUACAGGUCCAUAGAUCAGCCGUGCGCUGCGACCAACAUACGCAAAAAGACUAUGACAGCGAUUUGUUUUGUAUGCAAUUUGCCGAUUUUGUCACAUCAGGUGGGCUUAGUGUGGCAGGGUGGCAAUGGCUGGGACGAUUUGGUCAGAGAGCAGCUGGAGGAGUCGACGAUACGCCAACGCUUAGGUGGUCGCCGCGAUUCGGCUGCACAGAUAACCACACCCCCUAGUACAUCACCGCCACCAGGCCUCCAACGCCGUCGUCGCAGCUCACUCGCACAACUCACCGACAUCCUGCGCGAAUGGAGCGGCGGUGGCGCUGCCAAGCAGCAAACCCAAAGCCAACGUCAAAAGGCGCAACUCAAUCGGCGCGAAACCCUAGCUGACCUUGCGCGCAGCUUGCCAUGGCGCACCUCUACCACCGACGCUUCGACCGGCGCUGGUUCGGGCACCACCUACAUUACGCCACGAAAGCGUCGGGAAUCAAGCGCCGAUUCGGGUAUACGUAGCAUGCGCUCGCGCCGUGACUCCAAUACAGCAGAGUUUGUGAAGCACUGGAAUCGUCGUGAGAGCACCGCCGCUGAUGAGCCCACCAUGGUGGUGCCAGUUGUGGUGGAGGGUGCUGGGCGUAGUAGCUCGCGUCGCGGUUCGGGAGAAAGCUACAUCUCGAGCCGUCGCGACAGCAACAUUGGCCGUGCCACCACACCACCUCCGCCACCCAAGAUCAGCGGCAUGGCCGCCAAGAAACGUGAUUCAUUAGCCGCACCCGAUUUCCCCAACUUCCGACAAGAGCAACGUCCUUCCACCAGUUCUGGCGGUUCAGACUCAGUACCGCUAAUCUCUGCCCCCGCCUAUAAUCAGGUUGACUCCGCAUGCCAAGCGCUACCACCGCCCACCAUCAUCACAAGCUCGGUGACACCGCCGGCGACGAGCCCCACCGCACCGCUUAAGGGACGACGCGAUUCCACCACACAAUGUGGCCGCGUGAAUCGACGCGAUUCCAAGGCAGGAAUUUCGCCUGAGCGUGCACCACGCCUACAACGUUUGCAACGUCAGGCUACUGCAUUCGAUGAGAGCUGCUUGCCAGGCGGCAGUCGACGUGGCUCCCAGCCGGCUCUGAGCCCUGAUCCGCCGGAGGACUGCGAGCGACGCACGUCGCGCCGUGAUUCGCUUAGUCCCGAUAGCGCAUCACGUGGCGGACGACGUGACUCUCGCGCGCAUCUCUCGCCCGACCGCAGUCACGAUCGUGAUGGCAGUCCACGGCGGCAGACACUGCGUCGGCAGAGCUCGUCGGCUGCACGCAGCUCACGUUCGCCUGACUCGAACAGCUGUUGCUCGUCGCGUGAUCCAAGUCCAUGUUCACGGCCACCACCGUUGCCAUCGGCAGAGCCCAGCUCGCGACCUGCUAUACGUCGACAAUCUACAACCGAGGAGAUCUUAAUAGCACGCGGCUUUCGACGACAAUCCACCACUGAGGAGAUGAUACGUUGCAGGAAUUUUCGGCGACAAAGCUCGCAGAGCGACGAUGUGUGUCGUUAUCGCGGUCGACGUGACUCGAGCGCACAAAUUAUUGACGGCACCAUCGGCACCAUGACAGUAGAAACGACCAGCACAUUCUUCGAUUCGAGUACACAAACCGGUGAGUACCAGACACAAUAUUUAGUGCUUUAG